GUAACCCAGCAGCAGCUCAGCACAUCCAUGAGGUGGUUCGUGAUACAGUCAGGGCACAGCGAGCUCUUCCCGACUUCGGCCGCUCACCGAUCUCCAGCCACAUUCAGCUUCAAGCCCAUCUCGCCUCAAAACGCUGCAGACCCAAAUACAGAGACGAGCCGGUGAAUGUGAGACCACUUGGUUCGCGUCCGUUACUGCACCCCAGUCACCCUGAAAUCCAGACAAGUCCAACUACGUGCUACCAAGACCCCCAAAAACCUGAAUCCACUUUGAGCUCUGAUGCACAUCUGAGUCCCAUCAGAUCCAGUCAGAGCUUCAAGUCUGAGACCGGCAGCUACAUGGAGAUGAACAGCGGGAGGCAAAACGAUGGCAGGAGACCUGCCAUGGUGACGGGGGACUACUGCGGGAUGGACGACUGGGAGCCAGCUGGGAAGCAGCAGUCGAGGUACAUGAUGAUGUCACCACAAGUGAGCCACAGCUCGCCUGUGCUGCCACAGGAUGAAUACAUGACCAUGGCGAGCCCACAGAAACACGAGUCAGCUCACUCUCCCCUUCAGACAUCAUUCAGCGGCUCCACUUCUGACAGCGACUCUCCUCUGCACCCACAACAUGGUCAGACCAGUGAACACAGCCACCCACACUGGCUGCUGAAAGUCCAACAGAGACAAACAGAUGCUGUCCAGUCACAGAGGAGCAUAAGCUGCUCCACCCGACCACAGGAUGAUGAGCGUCAGCAAAGCGUGAUGACGUCAGCUGAUCAGACACGACUCUCAGCUCAGACCGGGGCCACUUCGUCCCCUGUGAGGAGCGGUGAUGGGUCUGGCGUGAUGGCUCCAUUUGUCACAAGUGCACCAUCCUACAACAGGCCAGUCCAGGCUAGUUCAUACUCAGGUACAGGCCGCUCAAGUCGACUCCAGGCAGCGUCAGACCGAUCUGUAAGAAGAAACCGGCUGUUUUUGUGUCUGCCUUCGUGUUUGCAAGCCAAGAACAGGUCCUGAGUGUUUGUAAUAAUCAGUUGUUUUCUUUACAUCAAAAAUCUAAACAGGAGCUAGUUCUAUAAUUCUGUGCAGCAGGUCACGAAACGUAAAACUUGAAGCUGAUGAAAGAAUAAUUUGUUUUUUGAUUUGAAUAUUUCAGUGUGACUGUUGCUGCACUUGUUGCACAUGCAUGAAAACACAGGGGCUUUCAUUGAACGCAGCAUAUGUUUAAGAAAGUUAAAGUCAAAGUCUGCUGUUUGUCUGUGGAUGCACACAGUGUUUGCUCUCAGAUUGCCCCUUUUUGUCAAUUUAUGUUUGUUCUCUUUUGGAUAAAAACAAAGCCUUUGGUUAUGGUCUUAACCACACAGCACUUGAAGA